CAAGACCAAUCGUGACAUUCGGCCACCCCAAUAGUUGCUAAAUACUUCCAAUUGGAGACGUCUUUAGGCGACUAUUUCUCUAAAUUUGUGUGGAAAAGAUUAAUAGAAAGUUAAGUGUUUAGCAUCCCCACUGGUUUAUAAAGAGACACUAUGAAAGUCUAUACAAAUGACGGGAAUCCCUUUGGCCUGAAACUGCAAAUGCUGGCCAAAUUUGCAAAACGUGAGGUGGUCGUGGAAAAAGUUAACCUAAACGAUGCUAAGGGAAAAGAAUUAAUGCUAUUACCAACAUUAGAGCUGGAUGGUGGUAUACAAUUGUUUUCUACCGAUGCCGUCGCCAAAUACUUUUUUCCCAACGAAGGGCCACUACGAGAUGAGUGGUUGGAGUGGUCAACUACAAUUCUGGCUCCUGCAUUGGUACAUAGCAUGGGUGUCGGUCAUCGUGCUAACCCUAAUGCAAUGCCUGUCCUUAAUGCAUUAGUAAAAAAGUUAGAAGUAACCCUCUCAAAGUCGUCAUACCUUGCUGGAGAUAAGCUAUCAGCUGCUGAUAUUUCUGUGUGGUCUUUAUUAGCUCCAGAUGGCACACUUAAGGGAGCUCAACAAAUUGACAACAUAAUGGCGUGGUAUCGUAAAAUCAAUGCUUUGCCUGAAGUUCAAGCAGUGCUUGCAUCGGAACCCUUGAAGGAUCUUACAUUCAACGCAUUACAAAAUUCAAAUCGUUUUGGUGGACUUUAUCAUGUUCCUCUUAAAGUAUCUGCCUCCUCCAAUGAUGCUGGCAAACUCUUAGCAGAUACGGGUUCAAAUUUGGCUGAUACUUUAACGGACGAUGAACUUUCUGCGGCUCGUGCUAAUUUUGUAUUCACCCCACCAAACGAACGCAAAGAGCCCCGUACCGUUUUGCCUAAAGCUGGGGAACGUAAUGUGUUGAUCACAUCUGCUUUACCUUAUGUUAACAAUGUACCACAUUUGGGUAAUAUAAUUGGAUGCGUUCUGUCUGCAGAUAUUUUUGCAAGAUAUUCCCGAGCUGCCGGUUAUAAUACUCUCUUGGUUUGUGGCACUGAUGAGUAUGGUACAGCAACCGAAAACAAAGCUCUAGCUGAAAACCUUACUCCACGAGAAAUAUGUGACAAAUACUUUGAGUUGCAUAAUGCCAUAUACUGUUGGUUUGGCAUAGGAUUCGAUUAUUUUGGACGUACCACAACGCAAGAGCAAACAGAUAUCGUGCAAGAAGCUUACCUUGAUGUAUACAAAAAUGGUUAUAUUAUUACCGAAAGUGUGGAACAAUUGCUGUGUCAAAAAUGCGAUCGAUUCUUGGCUGAUAGAUUUGUUGAAGGUACGUGUCCCCAUGCUGGUUGCGGUUAUGAAGAUGCUCGUGGUGACCAGUGCGAUAAGUGUGGCAAAUUGGUGAAUGCCACAGAACUGAUAAGACCGCGGUGCAAGGUGUGCAAUACAGCUCCAGUAGUACGCUCCUCUGAACAAUUGUUUCUGGAUUUGCCGAAAGCCGAGGCACAAUUACGUGAAUGGGUAGAUCGGUCGGAGCAAGGAUGGACAAACAAUGCUCGUGUUAUAACGCGUGCUUGGCUGCGUGAGGGUUUAAAGCCCCGUUGCAUUACUAGAGAUCUAAAAUGGGGAAUACCAGUUCCCCACAAGGGUUUUGAAAAUAAGGUCUUUUAUGUGUGGUUCGAUGCACCCUUCGGCUAUGUUUCCAUUACAAAACGUUACACCAAGGAGUACAAACAGUGGUGGCAACCCGAAAAAGGGGUUGACGUUGAACUUUUCCAGUUUAUGGCUAAAGACAAUGUGCCAUUCCAUUCGGUGGUUUGGCCUAGUGCUUUGUUAGCCAUCAAUAAGGGUAACACAAUGGUGUCUCACAUUAUGGCAACAGAAUAUCUAAAUUACGAAGACGGCAAAUUUAGUAAAAGUCGAGGUAUUGGAGUGUUUGGCAAUGAUGCCCAGGAUACUGGCAUACCUGCAGAUGUUUGGCGUUUCUAUUUGGCUUCCGCCCGCCCAGAAGGUCAAGAUUCCAGCUUCAGUUGGAAUGAUUUGGCGGCUCGAAACAACUCUGAAUUACUCAACAAUCUUGGCAACUUUGUUAAUCGCGCCUUGGUAUUUUGCGAAAAGAACUUUAAAAGUACUGUUCCUGUCAUGAAUCUCACCAAAGAUGAAGAAGUUCUCUUGGCUCUGAUUAAUCGUGAACUGCGAGGUUAUAUAAAUUCUCUGGAGAAAGCACGUUUGCGAGAUGGUAUACGUCACCUGCUUUCAAUAUCCCGCCAUGGAAACGGCUACAUGCAAAGUCAGCAACCUUGGGUAUUGCUUAAGGGCAAUGAUGAACAGAAGGCCAGAGCUGCGACGAUAAUUGGUCUGUGUACCAACAUAGCUUGUCUACUCGCUAACCUCAUAUUCCCUUACAUGCCCACUACCGCUCGCACCAUGUUUGAACAGCUGAAUACCAAGCAGGGCAGCAUAAAUGCAGAGAAACCUUUCAUUGGCAUUCUCUUACCAUCGGGCCACAAGAUUGGCAAACCAGCCCCAUUAUUUGCUAAACUGGAACAAUCAUUUAUUGAUGAAAUGAAGAAGAAAUAUGCAGGUCCACAAGUUUUGAGCGAAGAAAACAGUUCCCCAGCAGGACCUUCAGUGGCUGACUUAGAGAAGGCAAUACAAGCUCAAGGAGAUAAAGUGAGACAGCUAAAGUCAUCCACGAAAGACAAGGCCGUGUUGCAGCCAGAAAUAAAUAUUUUGUUGGAUUUGAAAAAGCAGCUAACUGAGGCUCAAAGCAGGGUUCAACCUUCCGCUGCCAGUGAAUCUAAACAAGAUGGGUUAUCCGUCAAAGAACUUGAGGCUGCUGUACAAGCUCAGGGCGAAAAAGUGCGCCAACUUAAGGCUCAGACAAAAGACAAGGCUGUGUGGCAGUCAGAAGUCAAUAAGCUCUUAGAGCUGAAAAAGCAUCUGGCAGCAGCACAGUCCAGUACUUCACCUGCCACUGCCAAUACCGCUUCGGUCGGCUCUAGUCAAGUAAAGGAUUUGGAAGAGCAAAUCGCUAAACAAGGAGAAAAGGUGCGAACUUUGAAAGCUGGUGGCGAUCCCUCUAUUUGGAAACCUGAAGUAGAAAUUCUUCUAUCUCUAAAGAAGCAAUUAUCUUCAAUCACCGGUGCCCCUGACACAAAUACUAACCAAGGCAAAAAUAAGAAGAAAAAAUAAUUACUUCCAGAUAUUGUCCGCCCCGUUUAAAGACUUGUUUCACAUGUAAUGUUUGUGUCCUCUUUUUGUACUUCGCCUUCACCUUUUUGUAUCACAUUGAAUCGAUCACAUGCCGCGAAAUCAAAGAAUUUGUUCUUUAUUUCUUUGCGAAAAUCUUCACAUUUGUAUCUGCUGUUACAAAUAUUUAGUAAAUUUAUUUAUUUUU